UCCAUCCGCCGUGGCCGUUGCCCAACUCACGUUCCGUCCAAAACAGCCGCAGUCUUGCCGCAGUUCUUGCCAGGAUUGGUCACAAGCGCGCGUUUCGUGGGUUUCCGUUCUUUUGAGGGUGGUUAGUUGGUUGGACUUUCGAUUUUUGUUGUUGUUUUUUUUUUUUCAUUUGCAAGGGAAGUUUGAAAUUUUGCAGUGUGUUGCCCGUUGUCUAGGUGUUGGGGAGUUUCGAGAGGAAGGUGGAGAAGCAAUUUGCCAAUUCUUGGAGCUCUACGUGGGGUGUCACACCUGAGUUGGUCCAGAGACCUGUUGUUGGGUUGUGGAAGAAAAGAGGAAGAAACCGUUGACGAUCAUCGUGGAGUGUGCCGUAUUGGCAGUGUUCAGUACCCUCAAGAUCCGGGUUCUAUUCAGUGGAUCGUGAUUCGUUGAAGAUUGCAGAAGUUGUCGGCGUUAAAUCUGUGGACCACAAUCAUCUGGAUAUUUCGGAUCAGGAUUACUUCGAGAACCCCAAACUAACUGCUAGAUUUUAUUUAUAUCCAAUGGCCGAAAGAUAAAAGAUCGCCGCGUACAUGUUGCAACCGCAAACGUCAACGAUCCUGUGAGAGUGAGAGUGAAGGGGACGUGCUCGGGCGUGGUUGAAACGUCAGAUCAAAUGCCAUGGAAUCGUUGAGUAGCGGCGCGGCUCCGUCGUCUCUCAUCAUAGCCACCACCCCUUCAACGACGCCUCAGUUGGCCAGUUACAAACAGUCGAUCCGCCCAAAGGGUCACUACCGAUCGUCUUCCCUCGAGAACAACCCCUUUGCCGGGGGGAAAUCUACGCUCAGUCUCGUGCAGACCAACUUCACCGGAACGCUCAAAUCCCGUCGCGAGCAGAAGCGGAUAUCGGACUUCCUGAGCAAGCAGAGCCUGUCUGCGGCCAGCUCGCAAAAUGGCGCCCGUGAUCAUCAUCAUCAGUCGGCGACGACGACAAGCGCCGCCACCGAGAGCAGCAUCCGGAAGGCACACUUUGAGAACAUCCGCGAGAUCUUCGAGAAGAACAACAGCAAGAACAGCAGUAAGGUAGCGUCGGCGGCUGCGAAUACGAGCACCAAGAUCACUGCCAGUUGCUUCGCAACCCCGGUGAACGGGUACGAUGGACCGACGCCGACGGCGAUGACGGCUUCGCUGUCCGUUGACGACAAACCGCCCAAGAUUCAAUCCUGCAGUGGAAUACUGGGCAAGGGCAAGCAGGUGAUCCGUCCGAUCGCUUUCAAACCAGUUCCUUACAAAUGUAACACACCAAAUUAUGCCGCCACCGGCACCGGAAGUACCAGCAGUUCUACUACUCCCAACAAUGGCGGCCGUCUGACCGAUCUUGGCGAUCGCUACGGAUCUACGCCGUCGCUGGGACCUCCGAUGAGCAUUCAGUACAAGUUCGGCAGUACGACCGACCUUCACCACCACCACCAUCACCACACCCCGCUUCACAGCUUGGGAGCGGUCGGAAGUGGCGCUGGAACGCCUGGAGGAAGUGCGACACCGAACGGGUCCUUUCCCCACCACGGGUACGGAUCACUGUUUAGGAAAACCGCCAGCUCGAUUCCGUUCAAAACUUACGACAGUCUGGAGUCGAUUCUGAAGCUGCCGGACAGCAUGAUCGCGUCCUAUCCAAAUCCCAGCACCAGCAGCCAAUCGGCAAGCCUGUACGCACCCCACGAUCACCUGCUGGACAUGGCCCCGUCGCCAUCCGACUCGGGCAUCUCCGAGCUGGAGGCGGCCCUGCGCGAUCGCGACUCCGAACUGGCAUACCUCCGGCAAACCAUGGAGCACAAUGAGCAAGUAAUAUUCAAAGUUCAUCAGGACAAGGAAAAGCACUGGGAGCAGGAGCUGAACCGGCUCAAGGCGAUCCACGAGAGUCGACUGCGGGCUGGCGCCCAAAAGGUCCACAAGCUGGAGCAACUGCUGAUGAUGCAGACCUUCCAGCUGCGGCAGGACAAAAAGCGCCUUCAGGAGGACAUCCUCCACAGCAAGGAGCAGCUCGAGGCCCAGAACAGCGAACUGCGCCACCUGAAGCUCGCCGAGAAGGACUGCGCCGAGGAGAUCCAGAUGCUGCGCCGGGUGGUGAGCGAUCUGAAGGAACGACUCGAGGAGAGCGAGUGGAGCCUGUGCCAGCGGAAUGGUGAGGUGGCGCUCAUGAAGACCCAGCUCAAGGAGGCGCAGACGGACGUGAUUUCGAAGGAUCAGGAAAUACUGCAGCUUAAAACGGAUCUCAAGCUGCAAAAUAUUGACGAAAUAAGCAUGAAAAAGUCUGAGAUCAAAAAGGAGCUCGACUUCGACCUGGAGAUCUCCCAGCUGAACCGCAUCAUCAUCUUCAAGGACCAGAUCAUCGUGGUGAUGAACAACGAAAUUCAAAAGUUACGCAAGGAACUGUCCGACAUUUCGAUCAUGCGAGGCUACGAGGGCGUCCCAGCGGGCCGAUACUCCCGGUACAAGAAGAAGCUGGACUAUGUGACGCAAAAGUUCGAAGAGUCCACCAUGAUCGAUGGAAACAACAACAGUAAAACUGCGAAAAGUGUUUCUGAGGGUGUCGAAGGGGAUGCCUUAAAGAGUAAAAAAGGUGGUGAGGGUGAGUUGAGCAGCAGCGAAAUCAUUCGCAACUAUUUCAACAACAAGCUGGAACUGAACAAAAAGCUCUUCCUCAACACCCAAAUCUGCAACUAUUCGGACGAGGACAAGUCCAGCUUCAUCGAGACGUACAACGCCAAAAAGCUUCCGGACAUUACGCUCGAUCUGAGCACGAUCGGAAAGACGACGACAACGACGACGCCAACUUCCGGCGAAGAGGUCAAAGACUCGUCGCUGAACGAUAGCUACAAGGAGAGUUCGUCCGACGACGACUACAAGUCCAUGACGCCCACGCGGGAGCAGGAAGAAGGAGAUGAGGACGGAGCACCCGUGAAAAACUGUGAUAAAGACCCUCCACAGGACAAGGAUCGGACGGUCGGGCGGCUUCGGCAGGAACUGCAGGAGGCGCGGACCGGAUUCGAGCAAGAACGGCAAAAGUGGGCCGAAGAGAAGGAGAAGGUGCUGGUGUACCAGCGGCAGCUGCAGCAAAACUACGUCGAGAUGUGCAAGCGCACGGCCGCCCUCGAGGAGAGGCUCAAAAAGUUCGAAAAAGUCUAACAUGACCGGAUUUGAUAGGUUUCAGCAACGUGAGAGUUGCGCUGUAAGGUUAAGCAUGAAUCUUGCCUCUUCAUUUUUUUGAUACAGAUAAAUUUAUUCGCCGAGUUUAUAAGUGUUAUUUCAGUGCGUUUAGACCGAAUUAUAUUUUAUAGACUAAGCUAUUGCAACUUUGUAUGGAAUAAACGUUACAAACUUUAAAAAUC